AUGUCUGAAGGGCCAUGUAGGUUGGUCACGUAUCCGGGAAUCCUCCCAACUCCAACCUUCUCUUCUGCCACCGAUCGAUUCGAACUAUUCGAACUCCGCAUUUGCAUUUCCUGUUCUCGUAACCUCAGGCUCGUUGACAUCUUCCAUCCCCCCUCGUAUUCCUCGUAUCCCGCGUUCUCCUCCUCGCCAGUGUCUGGGCCAGCUACGGGUAACUUUGGCGUGGCGUGUCGACAACAUCCACCACCUCCUCAGCUAGACGGGGAACAUCGACACAACCGUUGA